GGAACUACUUUCUGAGCAUGAAAAGUGACCCAAGCUGGGUACCGAGCCUCGCAGUGGCCACAUUAGCAUUUGUCGCGUUUCCUGUCACUCUGACGACCCUUCUAUUGUCAAUGAUCGUCGACCGGCCUCUGGCUUGCAGGCUAUUCAACUGCCCAAAUUGGUUGCGGGUUAUUUACUGGGUUAUUAUAUCCCUCAUGCUGAGUCCUAUUCCGAUUUUCAUGGGUUUCGCGGUCUACACAGUUUGGAAAGAAUAUCGUGAGGAAAGCAGUGAUGAUGGGUUGAAGCAUACGACACAAAACGGGGAUUCGGACAAGUCCGACAUGGACUUCCGACUGCACGUCAUGCCACGUCCACCAUUGCCCUGUCGACACCGUUCCUCGCUGAAUUUCCCGGCAGCAGCAGUUGUGGCGAGGGUUGUGACAGCGAUCGGCGACGGCGUCGUCGCGAUUUGCGGCGAAGUUGACUGGGACGUCGAGGGCGCGUCGUCACGUCGAGAUCGACCAAAGCUCGACACUGCCAGUGUCGGUGAGCAGGCGAAAGGGAGACUGAGUCGUGGCAAACGCUUGGCUUCCGGUGGUGGCGCCUCUAGAAAC